ACUACAAUCUGACGCAGGUGGCGAUUGCAACUCUGCGUUGAAGCGCGUCCAAGUUGUUCUUCCCGUUGAGUGCAACAACAAAGCGCAUAUCGAAUAUCCGAUUUGCGGAAAUUGAUGUACUAUGAACCGAUUAGAUGAUCCUCCGGGGCUCAUGAAAGGCAGAAAACCAUCUUUUAUUGGGAUGAACGGCGCACCGGAGACAGACGAUCAGCAACGUAUACGGUUUCAGAUCGAACUAGAAUUUGUACAGAGUCUCGCCAAUCCAAAUUAUCUCAAUUUUCUGGCACAACGUGGCUACUUCAAGGAGGUUCCAUUCAUCAAUUACUUGAAGUACUUGUUGUAUUGGAAAGAACCUGAGUAUGCCAAGUACUUGAAAUAUCCUAUGUGCCUAUACUUCUUGGAUUUGCUGCAGUAUGAACACUUCAGGCGGGAAGUUGUGAAUUCUCAGUGCACAAAGUUUAUCGACGAUCAACAGAUCCUGCUGUGGCAGCACUACACGAGACGCCGGACGAGGCUCUUACAAACAGCUGCGGAGCAAACGCAACACACCAAUUCUCAGAACAAUGGCAUCGUGCAGCCCAAGGUUCCCUAGAAUUCGUAGCUUUAAUAAUGUUCGUCGUGCGUGUUGAUAGCAUAGCAUAUUUAAAAUAGAGUUGAAAUAUUUCAUGUUUUCCUUCUUUCUUUUUUUUUCUUCUUAUAUAUGACGGUUCCUUGUUAGGACUAAUUUGCUUGACUGUGAUAGCUCAUGAAUGAAAUAAGUUUUUUUUCCAUCUUUUUUAUACAACCUCAGAUCGUGGCUCUCUUUCUCGCAUAGUAUUUCAGCCUCUGGGAGUGUAAUCGGGAAAAGAAUAUCCGCAUCGAAGAUAUGUAUUUCUCCCUAACGCUCAGUCUUGUUACAUCAAUUGUUAUAUGUGUAUAUACUUGGAUUUAUAAUAUUUCAGAAUAUGAAGAACACAAUUAUUCGUAUACUUUGACAAACGUCCACUUAUAAGUCGCUACCAAAUUACGAUUAUAUACUAUAUUAAAUUCAAAAGUAACCAUAUCACAUGUAUUACACACAACUUCGCGAUGGAAGUGCGGGCUUGAUCUCUGUCAUUUAGUUAUCCUGAGUCUUCUCUUAAAUACGCUCUCAUCUACGUUACGUUACUUUCUUACGCAUAACAUCAAAAUAAAUACUAUUGUUAUAAAUAUAAUAGUACCACAUAUCGCUCGAUUUAUGUACGAUACUCAUAUAGCACAUAUACGUAAUCGAUAUCCAUUUAAUAAAAAUAAAACUAAUCUUUUACUGCA